UUGGUUGGAUCUUUCUGCUACCCUUUCUCUCAGCGGUGGGUCGGAGCCGCUGUCCCUGGCCUCGCAUGUUCCCCUCUAAAAUCCUGUUUUGAAUUUGAUGCCCCUUUCGUAGAUUUGUUCUAUUUACACGCCUCUGAGCCACCACAGUCGGGCGUCAUUACACCGGCGUUUUAUUUGUCCCCGCAUUCGGCGUCUACACGAACCCAAACAUGGCAGUGGUGAGCGCAUCGUCUGGGCCGGUUGCCCGGCUCGAGGGCCGUGAGUUCGAAUACAUGAUGAAAAAGCGCUCGGUGACCAUCGGCCGGAACUCGUCCCAGGGCUCCGUGGACGUGAGCAUGGGCCACUCGAGCUUCAUCUCGCGGCGGCAUCUGGAGAUAUUCACCGCCAGCGACGACUGCACCGGCAGCGGAGAUUUCUACCUGAGGUGCCUGGGUAAAAACGGGGUGUUUGUAGACGGCGUGUUCCUCAGGCGGGGCGCCCCUCCUCUGCAGCUACCACGGAUGUGCACGUUCAGGUUCCCCAGCACGAACAUCAAGAUCACGUUCACAGCCCUGUCGAGUGGGAAGAAAGUAAAGCGCGAAGCUCCAGAGUCCCCAGUGAAACCAGUGCAGCCACAGAUCUCCCCCCUGACCAUCAACAUUCCAGACAACAUCGCUCACCUAAUGAGCCCCCUGCCAUCGCCCACUGGCACCAUUAGUGCUGCUAACUCGUGCCCCUCCAGCCCACGAGGUGCGGGCUCCUCAGGCUACAGGAUGGGCGGACGGAUGGUCAGCUCUGCAGAGCUGCAGCUCAUAAACGACAACUCCCAGCCCGAGAACGAUAAAGAAGCCUCUGAAGGGGACAGUCCCAAGGAUGACUCUAAACCUCCGUACUCCUAUGCACAGCUGAUAGUCCAGGCUAUAACUCUGGCUCCGGACAAGCAGCUCACACUAAACGGCAUCUACAAUCACAUCACAAAGAACUACCCAUACUACAGGACCGCAGACAAGGGCUGGCAGAACUCCAUCCGUCACAACCUGUCUCUGAACCGUUACUUCAUCAAAGUGGCGCGGUCACAGGAGGAGCCUGGCAAAGGCUCCUUCUGGAGGAUAGACCCGUCCUCGGAAGGCAAGCUCAUCGAGCAGGCGUUCAGGAAACGAAGGCCCCGAGGCGUCCCCUGUUUCCGAACCCCUCAUGGACCGCUCUCCUCCAGGAGUGCUCCAGCGUCUCCCAAUCACUCUGGGGUGCUCUCCAGUGACAUCCAGACCCCUGACAGCCUAUCACGGGAGGGCUCCCCGGUUCCCCUUGAGUUGGACACUUCCUCAGCUCCCACCCCGACAUCUACCACAACGGUGCAGCCUAAGCUGGCCGUCAUCCAGGAAGCACGCUUUGCACAAAACACACCAGGCUCGCCUCUUAGCAACCAGCCGGUACUCAUAGCAGUCCAGCGCCAGUUACCUCAAACCAUCAAACCAGUGACCUAUACCAUGGCCUCCCCAGUGAGCACCAGCACCUCCCAGCCUGCUGUCCAGACUGUCCACGUCCUGCAGCAGAUCCCGGCAGGGUCCCUCGGCACAGCCACAGUCAUCGCCCAGCCAGCCACCGUCAUCAGCAAGAGUGAGCCCCAGGAGAAUGGAGAGCACACAGAAGUCAAGGUCAAAGUUGAGACAGUUCCCACCAUCACCUCUAUAGGCGGCUCCAGUCGCAUCAUCCAGAGCUCCCAGUCAGCGACGCCUCUGCAGACCGUUACCAUAGUGCAGCAGGCCCCACUGGGCCAGCACCAGCUGCCCGUCAAGGCCAUCACACAGAACGGCACCCACAGCAUCACCACUGCCAUCCAGGGUCCUGCCAGCUCAGCCGUGGCAAGUCCCCUCCACCUCCUGGCAGCCCACGCCUCGGUCUCGGCCUCCCUCCCCACCAAGCGGCAGAACGGAGACCAGCUGGCCAGCGAACAGCCAGACACCAAGCGCAUGAAAUCAGAGGACGAUGCGGCCCUGGUCUCGACUCCGGCCGCUCCGGCAGACUCGGACUCAUCGGCAGCUAACGACCAAGACGGCCACCUCAACUAGUCUGUACGACCACUCACCACGCAGCCCCACCACCUUCACGUCCUACACGUUUCUAUCUCUCUCAUCGUUGUCAUUUUUUUUUGUUUAUCCUUCUUCUACCACUGACUCCUAAGGUGCCAAAUGGAGAGUUUUCAUUUUCUGUUUGGUUUAUCAAAUCUAGAGCGUCAAAAGAAAAAAAUAAAGUCCACCCCUUUAAUGACUGGAAUGUGGGUUGAGAACAAAAUAUAGAAGAAACGAGAUGAACUCUUAAGGUGUCCCCUGUGAGCCACUGAAACAGGAGAGUGACUAACCAAGACCACAGGAAGCCUUAACAACUAUUAACCCUUAAGAACUGACCUUUGACCUCAUGGUCCAGUGAAGCGAGGUCCCGACUCAGCUCGGGCUGGACGCCACCUUUCUACCUCGGAGCAGACAGGAGACUCCAGCAGCCAGCAGACAACAUCCUCACUGGAUCCGUCGGGACAGCUCUUGACAAAGUGACCGACUGAGCCACGAGUUUAACGAGCAAAUGGUUGAAAAUAAUUACGGUCAAAACAUUGAAAGGGAUCAACGUGGAGCCAAUAUUCCUGGAACUCUGGCAGCUAGCCUCUCACAAUACUGACCCUCCCUUAUCGCAGCUGUACGUAGAUAUGCAGUAUUUUGUUGUUCAAAAUGUGGAGCAUAGGAUUCUUUUAUGUAUUUUCACUUCUUUAGAUAAGUAAUAAUUUAAUGAAAGAAAGCGUACAAAAUGUUGAGGUCAGUGACAUUUUGGUAACUAAGUUAGAAAUCUCACUUUUUUUACGUGGACCUUUUUGUUUGGUGAAACAGUGUCAUAGUUUUUGUAACAUUUCUUUUCCCCUUGUUCGGACAUAUCCAUACGAAACUGCUUCAUUAUACCUACGUAUUUUAAUACUUGCACAGAUAACCGAUAUAAGCAUAUGAAUCUCCAUGUGUAGUUCCAGAUGUUGACCUUGCAUGUAUUCGAGAACCGAAGUUGUAAAUCAGAGGAAAGAUGACCUGCUUUGUCCAGACCAGACUUGCACUUGACUAAAUGUUUGUGUUUUCAUUUCCCCCGUUUUUUUAAUUUUAUUUUUAAACUUUUGUUCCCACACACUUACUCUUUCUCCCUUCCAGCUGUGUUGACAUUGUGAUGCUGGCAGACCCUCCCCACCCCCACCUCCCUUUCGCUUAACUUGUGACCUGGCGAGUCUGUUUUUGAUUGUACACGUUCCAACAGUAAGAAAAAAAAAUUGAUGUUCUGCUUCAGUGGAGAAAUGCUUUUUUUAAUAAAUUAAUUUAAAGCCC